AUGGAAACAACUGGAAAAAUAGUACCACCUAUAAUUAAUACGUCGUCAUCCUCCACUACAACAACGACAACCACAACAUCACAAACUCAACCACCUGUGACUUUUCCAUUUUACAAACCUGACGAUGAGACUCAGAUUGUCUAUCUGCCGGGUGUCAACCGUAGAGAAGGUUCACUCGCUAUAAAAUGUUGUAAUCUACCAAAAUUGAUCGAGAAAAUGACACAAUCAUUAAAUUAUGAUCACUACUUUACAUCAGCGUUCUUUCUAACGUUUAGAGAUUUCACAACACCACUCGAGGUAAUGCAUUUGCUGAUAUCAAGAUAUACAGGACCACCAGCUGAUUCAAGUAAAGAUCAUCUCAGACUCUUUGAGAUUGAAAUUGAAAUUGUACAAAACAAACAAAUAAUUGGAACUUUAAACGAUAAUGAUUUCCAAAAUACAGAGUUGUGUAAUGUAACGAUUGAGUUUAUAAACUCACUGGCUGAAGAUAUAAAGAAUGAGUUGUUUCUCAUGUUUUUCAGGGCUAGAAAGUUGGCAAAACCACCACAUCAACAGCAACAAAAGGUGUCGCCAAGACCUCACACCACCAUUAUCUCUUCGGCCGCUUCAACUAUGAGAUUUUCAUUUUCAGUAUCACCCAAGACUCAGUCACCGAAUGGCACUUCCAAUGUGCUGACUGGUCUGCUCGGAACCAAUGGAGCGAGCGGUGGCAGUCCCAACAGCACACAGCAACUGCAAUCGAGUUCCAGCUUUGACAAUAACUUUAAUAAUCGCGCUAGCAUGAAAGUAUCGAAAGGAAUAAUGAGCAAGAUAUUAUCGCCAGGUGGCAGCACUACCAACCUUAGCAAUAGCAGUAUUGGAAGUAACAAUAGCAACAACAGCAGCAGCAAUGGUAGCAGUAGCAGUAGCGGCGGAUCCGGUGGAUUGAGUGGAAGUCAUUCGACAUCGAUGCACAUCAGCUCUGCGCCAAUGUCACCAUCGCACAAUGUACAGCCACACCAACAACAUCCAAAUAAUGUCGACGAUGAAGGAUACCCUGUCAGCAACGAGAAGACUGCAUUCCUACCCGAAAUGAUUGCUAGAGAGCUGACAGUGAUGGAGUUUGAAUUGAUUUCAGCACUGACAUUGAACGAGUUUUCACAAAAAGCAUGGACCAAAGAAAAUCAAGCUAUCAAUAUUCAAAAUUUAAUUGUUUGGUUUAAUAGAAUAAGUUCCUGGGUAUCAACUAAAAUCAUAUCAAAAGAAACACCAGAGGAAAGAGCAAUUAUCAUUGAAGCAUUCAUCAAUAUUGCAAACUAUGCUAAGGAGUUGAAAAACUAUAAUUGUGUAAUGGAGAUUUUAGGUAGUUUACAUAAUUCAUCGAUUAGUAGAUUAAAGAAUAGUUGGGCUUUAAUUUCACCAAAGGCAAAUGAAUUAUUUUCAAGUCUUAAUACGGUAAUGAGUCCAGAUAUCAAUUUUAAAAUGUAUAGAAAAAUGUUAAGUUUAGUAUCACCCAGUGAACCAUGUAUACCUUAUGUCGGACUGUUUUUGACUGAUUACACCUAUCUGGACGAAUCGAAUCCACCAUUGGUCAAUGGUGGUAUGGUCAAUGUCGAGAGAAUCUACCUGAUUGGCAAUAGAGUACAAGAGUUCUUCCAGCUCUUUACCAAUUGCUCUUACAACUUCCAGUCACAACCACAGGUUCGUGAAGCAAUUCUCGGUGAGAAGGUAUGGGACGAGAAUGAGACAUUCCGUCUAUCAAAGAUUCGUGAGGAGCACAAUAACAAUGGAACGGUGUCACCCAGCGGCUCUGGAGGAUCGUCUUCGUCGUCGUCGUCGUUGUCGUCAUCGUCGUCGCAUCACCAUCAAUCCAGCAGUGGUAGCAAUCUGACAGUGUCGGGUGUGAGUGGAUCGAAACGAAAGGGAUUCGCUUCGAAAUACCGUAUGUCUUUUACUGGCAACGAUCCACCUCCCUCCAUUGCAUCGGCGCUGAGCGAGCGUGACUGGAAGAUUCUCUCGACCAACGCCAAGGUUAUCAAGCACAAAAAGGGCAAGAAAAUACUGGCAAUGGGCGAAGUCAAUAAUAAUCUGUAUCGUGUCAUGACAGGACGUGUCAAAUUCGAGAAUAAUGCACCGGAAGAAACACGUUAUCUUGAGUGUGGCGACAUCUUUGGUGAAGACAGUUUCCUCUAUGACCGACCGAUGCUUUUCAAUGUGAUAUCGGACAGUGACGAUUGUGAGCUUGUCGAAAUCGAAAAGACAUUCAUUCUUCAAUUGUUUGCCAGUGAGCCGAUCCUGGCUGCCACCUACUAUAAGCACAUUGCAGUGUUGAUGGCUGAGCGUCUCAAGUUUGUACUCUCUGCCAACUCGAGUCACGAGUCGAUCCAAACAAACAGUGCAAUCGGAACCUAUUCUCAUUUGGGAAAUUCACUCUCAAACUAUGGACAUGGAAGUCUGAGCACAAGCAACCUGCUGAGUUCCAGCAACUCCAGUGGCAGCAGUGGCGGUGGCAGUCCAAGCUCGCCCAACUCUGCUUCACCCAAGUUGACAUCGAUUUCGUCGUCGCAAUCAAUGUCUGCCAUGAAUUUGAUGGACAACCGCAGAAAGUCGGUAGCAAUCGAGCCAAGCACAAUCGAUAUCCUCAGAAAUGGAAAUGACAGUCGAUUCCGCUCUACCUUUGGCUUGUCGACCGAGGAAAUCAUUAUCAAGAGCUACACCUGCAAGCACAACGGUAUCACUGGAACAUUGUAUAUCACAAAACACCAUCUCUGUUUCGAGGGCAAAUUCUUUGGUAUCCACAAACAAAAGAUGAAUCCAUUCGAGAAGAUCACCAAGAUUCUCCCAGAGAAGGGUGCGCUCAGUCUCACCACAAACGAUAAGAUUAAGAAAUUCAGUUUCAAGAGUCAAGAGGAUCUGAGUGAGGCCUAUGGAAUCAUGACAAAGAUCUGGAAGAAUCACUUUGGAAUUGUUCGCUCACCGACCAAGACUGUCAGUGCUGCCAACUCACCUCCAACUCCACCUCGUUCACCGAAGAUUGGUCGUGGCGAUUCGUUCACUGGAAUCUCGGAUCUGCCAUCUAAAGAGGAGUGGGCACAACUUUUGAAGGGUGCCAAGACAUUGACAUUCAAAAAAGGUGAAAUACUUGUUACCGAAGGCACUGAAUUCCACAAGAUCUUCCAGAUCACUCGUGGCGAGUGCACCAUCAUCAAAGGAUUGAACCAGACAGAUAUCAACACAUCUGCCAAUCCACCAACAAUCUCCUCACUCUCACUGGGUCACAAGAAUCUAACGAUCCUUGCAAAACUAUCUGCAGGUAGCAUUUUCGGUGAGAUGAAUUUCCUUCUGCCCGGUGGAUCGUCAACCUCUGUCGUAGUAAACAGUGAUGAACUUGAAGUCUACACCUUAGAAGGUUACUUUUUAAAUAUUAUGUUAAAGUCUAAACCACUGUUAGCUCCAAAGUUUUAUAAAUAUUUGGCUUGUGUUUUAGAGAGUAGAGUAAAACAAUAUCGACAAUCAAUUGUAGUGUAA